AUGGCACUUCGAAGCCUGAGCUCAUUUACAGCCGUCCGAUUCGAAGCUCCCAAAUCCAACGGUGCUCCUAUUCCUCCUCCACGGCAUCAAGACCCUUUGCCCCGACUCUCCGUCACCAAGCCCUCUUGGGUCGUCCGCACAGAGGCAAGUUAUCAAUCAAAUGUUCACAGAGAAGUAAGAAGGAAGCCGGAUCCACCUUGUGAGGUCUGCACAGGGAGUGGAAGGGUCAAUUGCCACGAUUGUUAUGGAACAGGGAGGACAAACUCAGUUGACAUGCGAAUACUCCCCAAAGGGGAAUGGCCAAAAUGGUGCAGGACUUGUGGUGGAAGUGGUUUAGGUUACUGCUCCCGCUGCCUUGGGACUGGAGAGUAUCGAUAUUUAAUGGGCUUUCAAUUCAUGAAGAUGGAUUCUUCUCAUAACCGAGACAACAAGAAUGAGGUUCAAAGGAAUCAAGACCGCCGUACUGCUGCAGAUUUCUAUGAAGAAUAG